GGGCGCAGCGCGGAGCCCGCUCCGGACUCCCCCCCCCUUCCUCCGAUGGGAUUGUAGCGGCGGGCGAGCAGCGGCGGCGGCCCCAUGUUUUCCCCCAGCCAGGAGGAGCACUGCGCCCCCAACAAGGAGCCCGUCAAGUACGGGGAGCUGGUGGUGCUGGGGUACAAUGGCUCCCUCCCUAAUGGUGACAGAGGACGUAGGAAAAGCAGGUUUGCUCUCUAUAAGCGACCUAAGGCUAAUGGAGUCAAACCCAGCACUGUUCAUGUGAUAUCAACGCCCCAAGCAUCCAAGGCCAUCAGCUGUAAAGGUCAGCACAGUAUCUCUUAUACGUUAUCCAGAAACCAAACAGUUGUAGUGGAGUAUACACAUGAUAAAGAUACAGAUAUGUUUCAGGUUGGGAGAUCAACAGAAAGCCCUAUAGACUUUGUAGUAACAGAUACAGUUUCUGGCAGUCAAAACAAUGAUGAAACUCAGAUCACACAAAGCACCAUAUCCAGGUUUGCAUGCAGGAUUGUCUGCGAUAGGAAUGCACCGUAUACAGCAAGGAUUUUUGCAGCAGGAUUUGACUCUUCUAAAAACAUAUUUCUUGGAGAAAAGGCAGCAAAAUGGAAAAAUCCUGAUGGGCACAUGGAUGGAUUAACAACCAAUGGCGUUCUGGUCAUGCAUCCAAAAGGAGGGUUUACCGAAGAGUCUAAACCUGGAGUGUGGCGGGAAAUCUCUGUCUGUGGUGAUGUAUAUACUCUACGAGAAACCAGAUCUGCUCAACAAAGGGGGAAGCUAGUAGAAAAUGAGACCAACAUCCUACAAGAUGGCUCUCUCAUUGACCUGUGUGGAGCCACUCUUCUGUGGAGAACAGCAGAUGGUCUGUUUCACACACCGACUCAGAAACACAUUGAAGCUUUGCGACAGGAGAUAAAUGCCGCUAGGCCACAGUGUCCUGUUGGGCUGAAUACUUUAGCGUUUCCCAGCAUUAACCGUAAAGAUGUGGUAGAAGAGAAACAGCCUUGGGCUUACCUGAGCUGUGGUCACGUUCAUGGCUAUCACAACUGGGGACAUCGCAGUGACACAGAAGCCAAUGAGCGCGAGUGUCCUAUGUGCAGAACCGUUGGUCCCUACGUGCCUCUUUGGCUUGGUUGCGAGGCAGGGUUUUAUGUGGAUGCUGGUCCUCCAACUUAUGCUUUCACCCCUUGUGGACAUGUGUGCUCUGAGAAAUCUGCAAAAUACUGGUCUCAAAUCCCACUGCCUCAUGGUACUCAUGCAUUUCAUGCUUCCUGCCCUUUUUGUGCAGCACAGCUGACUGGGGAACACAACUGCAUCAAACUAAUUUUUCAGGGUCCAAUUGACUGA